CUUGGUGUGCUUGGAUCUGUAACCGUACUGCGUUUCCACUCCUUCACCGCUCGCCAUAACUAAUCGAGGGAAGGGAGCAUCGAGCCGUUCCAAUUCGCGUCCUCGUCUUCCCCGCCAGUCCCCUCUCCCUCCUCCCCAAGAAGUGGUCAGCACAGGGACGACGCGGCGGCGGCGGCGGCGGUGUUGGCGUCUGUGUUUGCUCGCUAGGCGAGAAGGCAAUGACGGCGGCGGGGCCGGGAGCGGGGCCGGGGGCGGAGGCCCAGAUGGGGAAGGACAGGGACGUGGUGCGGCUGGAGCGCGAGUCGGUGAUCCCCGUCAUGAAGCCCAAGCUCAUCAUGAAGCUCGCCUACCUCAUUGAGCACGAAAACGACAGGGAAGAAUUCCUGAAGCUCUGCAAGAGGGUGGAGUACACCAUCAGAGCUUGGUAUCAUCUCCAGUUUGAUGAUAUGAUGGAGCUGUAUGCUCUCUUCGACCCUGUGCAGGGUGCCAAAAAACUGCAGCAGCAGAACUUCUCGUCCGAGGAAAUCGAUACACUCGAGCAGAACUUCCUGACCUAUUUCUUUCAGGUGAUGCAAAAAAGCAAUUUCAACAUAUUAUCUGACGAUGAGGUUGAGCUUGCUCAUUCUGGACAAUACCUAUUGAAUCUUCCAAUUAAAGUUGACGAAGCAAAGUUAGAUAACAAACUUUUGUCGAAGUAUUUCAAGGAGCACCAUCAUGACAACCUACCUGAGUUCUGUGAUAAGUACGUCAUAUUUCGGAGGGGCAUAGGACUGGACCGCACUAGCGAUUUUUUCUUCAUGGAGAAAGUGGACAUGGUCAUAACUCGUACAUGGCGAUGGCUGUUACAGAAGACGAGACUGCAAAGGCUCUUCUUGAGAAAGAAAAAGGUCAAGCCAGUGAUAGAUUCCAAGAAAGAUGAUGAUCUAGUUGGUGAAGGGGACGACAAGGAGCUAUACGUUGAACGUAUACGACUUGAAACAAUGAAAUUGAGCCUGCGCAAUUUAAUUGGCAAGGUUACAAUUCAGGAGCCUACAUUUGAAGAGGUGAUUGUCUUGUACAGGAAGAAAAGCCCGAAGGGCCAGGAUGAUAGAGCAAUUCAGGUUAAACACUUCAAAAAUAUUCCGAUGGCAGAUAUGGAGUUGGUUCUGCCUGAGAAGAAAAACCCGAGCCUCACGCCAAUGGACUGGGUUCAGUUCAUUGUUUCUGUUGUUAUUGGGCUUGUUACACUCGUCGGUUCACUCGAAAUGCCUAAAGCUGAUUUCUGGGUUGUGAUUGCCAUCCUUUCUGCUCUGGCUGGAUAUUGUGCUAAGAUCUAUUUCUCGUUUCAACAGAACAUGGCAACCUAUCAAAACCUAAUCACUCAGUCAAUGUAUGACAAACAACUAGAUAGUGGGAAAGGCACACUUCUGCACCUCUGUGAUGAUGUGAUUCAGCAGGAAAUCAAGGAGGUCAUAAUCGCAUACUAUAUAUUGAUGGAAAACGGAAAAGCUACUGUUGAGGAUCUUGAUUUGCAAUGCGAGGAGCUAAUCCAGGAAGAGUUUGGUUUGCAAUGUAAUUUUGAGGUGAUGGAUGCUCUUCAAAAGUUAGAGAGAUUUGGUAUUGUUACAAGAGAUUCUAUAGGAAGAAUUGUUUGCGUUCCUCUAAAGCGAUCCAAUGAGAUCAUUGGUGCUACUACCGAGGAGCUGGUUAUGAAAGCAAGACAAAGCUAGUAAACUCGAUUUGAACCAGGGGGCAAGUACAUCCUGGCUGGAAGCGGAAUAGUUCUGCUACGGAAGUUGAGGAGAGACGCGGCUGUGAUUUGGUCGUAGAUUCUUCUGUAUUAUGUAGUAUUUGAAGUGCGGUGUCGUAGAUGUGUGGUGUAAGAAUUAAAUAUCCCCUACUCGAACAAAUAUGGAGAUGUUCAAGGAAGUGUUGUGUUUGCACAUUGAUUAAGUUAUUAAAGAAAAGAAAUUCCCUGGAUUGGUUUUGCUGGAUCUGUUCUGCUCCACAUGUUGCUGGGGUAUUUUCCUUCCCCUUAUGCGUAAAACAUAAAGCCCUGUGAGCAUACAGUAACUUAACAGGGUGGUUUACUAAUCACAAUAUAAUCACUUGUCCAGCCAUGUAACAGUUUCUGUGAGUUGAUUACUGGUGAGUUUACAGAUAUCAAGGAAAAGGAGAAAGAAAAGCAGCAAAAUUUUCUGGACGGUACAUGUCCAAACCAUAUCCACUUGCCCUUGUCUGUUUGCAGGGAGGUACAUGUGCAGGAGAAGCAAGCGAAGAGGGUGUGGAGAAGAGGGGGGCACAGCGUUUGGGGGUGAGAUAAUGAGCAGCAGCAGCAGCAGCAGCAGCUUGGCGUCCACCAUUUCUGCAGCAGCCACUGCUGCUCGUCCUCGCCAUGGCGCGGCGAAGCAGCAGCUGAGCACAAGGGUGAAGCCACACCUGAAGCAUGCUGCAGGCUGCUGGGAGAGCAGCGGCAGCGGCAGGGCGGUGGUGGCGAGGGCUGGGCCCGGGCCGCUGACGGAGAUCGAGCCGGACCUGCAGGAGGACCCCAUCGACAAGUGGCGCACCAACGGCGUCCUCCCGGAAGACUUUGUGUAUGGAGUGUAUGAUGGCCACCACACCUAUGAUGAAGGCCAAG